AUGCCUCCGAAGCCUUCCAUUCGAAAGGAAGAAUGGGAACGACGCCUACAUGAUGUUCAAGUGACGAAAUCUGAUCUCAACCGUCUAGUCAUGGACUACUUGGUGAUCGAGGGGUACAAGUCUGCGGCUGAAGAGUUCAGCCAGGAGGCCAACCUCUCUCCGCCUGUCGACUUCGAGAGCAUAGAAAGCCGGAUGGACAUCCGAGAAGCUCUUCAACGAGGAGACGUGGAAGACGCCAUCACACGCGUGAACGACCUCAACCCUGAGAUCCUCGACACAAACCCUGCACUGUACUUCAAGCUACAGCAACAGAAGUUGAUCGAAUUUAUUCGACAGGGGCGUAUACCUGAAGCCAUACAGUUUGCACAAGACGAACUCGCUCCUCGAGGUGAAGAGUCUCCUGAAUUUCUGUCUGAGCUUGAACGGACGAUGGCGCUUUUGGCGUUCGACUCUGCCCCGAAUGCGCCGCCUGCGAUCGCCGAACUGCUAUCCCCGGCGCAACGGAUGAAGACAGCCGGGGAUGUGAAUGCAGCGAUCCUUGAGAGUCUGUCUCAGGGGAAAGAGGUGAAGCUGGUGGGGCUCCUGAAACUCCUGUGCUGGGGUGAGACGUUGCUGGAGGAGAAGAUGGACUUUCCGAAGCUGAAUGUGCUGGAGGGAACCUUUGGGGAGACGGGGAAGGUGUAG